CUUGACAGCCCUACAUAAGUGCCCCAGGGGUGAAUAUCUUGGCUGCCUUUUCGCCUCUCGGCUCACCUUCUUCUUCCCCAUUAGACAAGAGGAGUGUGAAUUACAAUUUCCUGUCAGGGACCUCCAUGGCUGCCCCCCAUGUUGCUGGUGUAGCAGCGUACAUUAAGUCGUUUCAUCCCGAUUGGUCUCCUUCUGCCAUAAAAUCGGCUAUUAUGACUACCGCUACUGAGAUGCAUUUCCUUUCCGAUCCCGAAGGUAUUGGUUCGGGCCACAUUAAUCCAGUAGGCGCUGUGGAUCCAGGUCUCGUGUAUGAAAUUGAGAAACAGGACUAUCUCAGCUUCCUCUGCAACCUACAGUACAACUUAGGGAGAAUUUCGUCGAAUCGAACCGCCAGUUGUCCCGAAGGAUCGAAGGAAAUGUCGCCAUCGAAGCUCAACUACCCUGCGGUCAUCUUCAUAGUGCCAAUCAGGAAGUCUUUUCAGAUAGCUUUGAACAGGACAGUGACGAACGUGGGUCCCCCGAACUCGAUCUACAAAGUAUUGGUUCCGCAGAUCUCCUCAGAAUUAGAUGUGAGUAUCGAUGUAUUCCUGCAGGCCCUCCGCUUCAAAUCCAUAGGCGAGAAGCAGACUUUCACAGUCGUAGCUUCAGGAAGACUGGUGGAUGUCAUUUGCACUUCGAUCUUAUGGGCAGAUGGACAGCGCAAGGUGAAGACACCGAUCACCAUGUAUGCGGCGCCACAGUAGCAAUUAUAGCAUCGUCUUCUUAGCGAUUAAAAGUAGGAGAUCUCUAGUAGAUAACAAUAAGCGAAGUAAAGCAUGCAACGAAUAACAUGUGUUCUCAUGCCAUGCCGCAAACAUCUCCCUGUAUUUUGGAGUUGAUCAUUUGUUACAUAUAUUCCUUCA